CUCGUGCCACAACGACUCCUGUUGGCUUGUCAGCUGCACGAGACGCGCGGCAUAUUGUGAGAUAUGAAAACUGUCAGUUAACGUCGGUUGUGUUGAACGCGACCGUCCGUCCGUCCGUAGUGCGGAGAGGAACCGGAGAGGAACCGGAGAGGAGCGGUGUGAGAGCCGGUCCCCGCUCUCUGUGUGUGUGUGUGUGUGUGUGUGUGUGUGUGUGUGUGUGUGUGUGUGUGUGUGUGUGGCGCCCUUUGUAACGUUAACUCUGUGAAGUGAAUGACUGUGUGUGUUACUAGUUUCUUCACUCCAGCUAUUGACUUCCAUGACUCAAGGAACUGUCUGAUUCUGGAUCUGUCAGGCAGGAGUAGGACAGGCCCAGGCAGAAAGAGAUGAGCUGGGCUGAGGAGGAUUGGACAGUAGGGCUGUCUGGACGGGUCCUGCAAAAGGUGAAGGAGCUGCAGGUCCAUCAGGAGCGACUGUCCAGAGAGAACAAGCAGAAACAGCUGCAGCUGGACAACAUCCAAACUAGCCUUGAGAAACAGACUGGGAAGUAUGAGGAGGUGCGUGGGGAGCUCCAGUCUGUGCAGAGAGAGCUCCAGAGUGUUCGCGAUGAGGCCAAGGCAGCGGUGACCAGCAGGGAGCGUCUGACCCAGGAGCUUCAGACCAAGCAGGCCCAAGUAUGCGCUUUCGAGGGCCAGCUAGAUGCUUCUCGUUCCCUCAACAACAAACUCACCCAGGAAGUCAAAAGGCUGGAGGCAGAGCUGGAGAAGCUGCAGAACAGCAGCCGGUCAGCAGAUACCACUCUGUUUUCGACACCCUGCUGGAAUACAACCUCACCCUGGGAACAUAAUGGGAGCAGAAAGGAGGAGAGGCCUGGGCAUAGAGAUGAAGGACAGAGUCGGGCGCCUAACAUCCGACAACGGCUCCAGUUCUCAGAAGUGGCCACAGCCUCGUUACCACGACAACAACACAGAAACACACCGCACCGCCAUCCAUCUGACCAAUCAGACUCCUUCUCCACUCCCAUGGCUGCGUUUCCAUGGGAACGGGAUGAUUUGAAGCCAACAGCCAAGAGACGAUCCCCGCCCUCUCCCCAGACGCCCUGCACUGAGGUCGUCAGUCAAGGCCAGUCUGAGCAGGGGGUUUGCUCGAAGGAGAAGGACUACAGGGCAGAGACAGACAUAUCUGUAUCGGCAUUGCGGAGUCGUGUAUCUGCUCUGGAGGAGGAGCUGUGUGCGAAGGCUGGGACGUUGAAGUCGGUUCAGAAUGAAAUGGUGCAAAGCAAGAAGGAGCUCGCUGCCAGGGAGCUCAACAUUCAGAGAGCCCGUGACGAACUGACUCUGGCACACACACGCAUGGCCCAGGAGAGUGAACGGGCAUCAGGAGCUGAGCAAAGGCUGAAGCAGCUACAAGAGGAGCUGAAGUGUCAGCGGCAGAAUGCAGAGAGCAUCCGACUGCAACAACAACAACGCUCUAAGGAGCUGGAGAAACAACACCAGAGGGAUUUAACAGAGCUUCAGAAGGAGAGGCAGUGUCUGGAGAAGCAGCAUCAGCAGGAGGUGAAUAAGCUCAACCAGGAGCUCCAGCAGGCCAGGACGCUCCACAACGCCCUGCAGGCCCAGGUGGACAAGUUGUCUCUGCAGAAGCAGACAUUGGACAAAGAGUUGGACAAUCUGAAAGAGAAACUGAAGUGGACGGAGGGACAGCUACAGGAGAGCCAGAAGAAAGAGGCCCAGACACAAGCCAAACUGACGGAAGCCUUGCGUGAGGCGGAGGGUGUGGCAGUGAGUCUGGAGCAGAGCAGGAAGAAAGAGCAAGCUCUGGAACAGGAGGGGAGGAGACUGGCAGAGGAGCUAGCCGACACCCUUCGUCUAGUCAAAGAACUGCAGCAGGAACAAAAAGCUGCCCCACCACCCGUUCUACAACCUGUCCAGUUUUGCCCUGUUGGACAGAGUUUCUCCUCUCAACCUUCUUACUCUCGAACACCACCUAACAUCAAGAGGCCCACUGCUGCCACCCUUGCUGAGCAGAAGAGCAAAGAAGAAGUGGGUAAGAGAGGGGCAGAGAAUGCAGCGUCUUACCCCUCUGACAGAGAGCCGGGAGAAGGCAUUGACUCAGAACACAUUACUGUCCUUGUCCCCCCAGUCUCUGAGUGUGUGCAAAAGGGAGGACACAGAAGAAACAGCAACGAGGAGGAGAACAAGAGUAGAAAUGAGGCAAUAGAGAGUGACACCUCUGGGCCAAACAAACACUCCACAUUUGAUCAUGUACUCUCUAGUUCCUCUCACCCUACUUCUGGUACACCCACCAACACCUUUAUGGAUGGUGAUCAUUGCACUUUGAUGCUUUCUGAUGAAAAGACAACUUCUCUCCAGGUAGAGCAGGACAAGGCCUUUGAAGAACUCAAGAGAGAGAAUGCCACUCUGCAUUCAGAGCUGCAUGAUGCACGUGAAGAACUACAGAAACGACUUGAGGACCUGGAAGCCCAACGACGGGCCGAGGCAGAAGCCAGGACCCGGCUCAAACAGCUCAGCCGGAAACAUUCCAGCCGGUCUGUGGAGAAGGAGGAGCAGGACAAGGAAUGGAAGGCACAGCUGGAGACUGAGAAGGCUGAGACAGAGAGGUUGAGGAAGGCUGUGGCCGCUUUGGAGUCAGAGAUGAAGAGAGGAAGGGAGGAAAGAGAAAAUAAUGAGAGAGAGGAGCAGGAGGAGGACAAAAACAAGGCACUAGAAGACCGGGAGAGUGAAAUGAUAGAGCUAAAUAUCCAGCUAAAGAAACAGCUAGCGGAGGUAAAGGCCCAGCUUGCUUUAGAACGAGAAGAGAGAAAGAGAGAGGAAGAGGAGAAGAACCGAAUAACAAACACAGACAUAGAUGUAAAGAAGGAGCUGAACACAAAACUAGAAGAACUUCAAGCUGAAUUGGAAGAACUAAAGCGCAGUAGAAAAGAAGACUCGCUGGAAGAAGAGAAACUCUCAGUUGCCAACAGCCCGCUAACAUACCUGACUCUCCAUGAUGAUGAGCUCAACUCCAACAUGGUUUGCUGCAACAACAAGCCCAUCCCUUCGCCAGAGCAGCACCUCCUCUUCUGCCAGUCCACCAACCAACGCAACAUGCUUGUAUUUCAGGCAACAGCAGAUCUCAUCCAGCAAGAGCGAACUGUGAUAGAUCCUGAACGCUUACCUCUAUCAGAUGAGGGGCAAACGGGUCGUGUGGCCUCUGAGCUCGAAGACACCAGACAAAACUAUCUGGUUGGGUGUUCCCGCUCAGACCACAAACAGACACUUUCUGAGGUCCAGAAGGAUGAGCCGGCCUUCUCAAAUUUGGCUAAAGAGGUAGAAUGCCUGCAGAAGGAAAAUGCAAAGGAGACAGAACGUGCUAACCAGUACCAGGUUAAACUGGAGGCCCUACAGAGUCAGGUGACACGUCAGACCCAGCAGCUAACCAUGGCCUUUGAGAACCAGAGUCAGCACAUCUCUGGCCUUCUAGCUGAGCUGCAAGAGAAAGAAAGUGCCCUCCUCAGCCAGGGAGUGGAACUGCAGCGCUACAAGCAAGAGCUGGAUGCACUCAAGGCCCAAAAAGAGGGAAAGGAGAUGACAGGUACUGAGGGACAGGAUGGAGAACAAAAAGAAGAGGCACAAGAGGAGAGGUCAGUGGAGAUCUCAGGGCUUCAACUAAACCAGGAAAAGAAGUGUGCUGUCUCAUUCCUCACUAAAGAUUCACUGGCUGACAGUGGCUCUAAUGCUGAGAGAGAUGCAGGUGAACCAGAGACCGUGAUAUCUAAUGCUGAAAGACCAACAGUUAUUAGUGACAAUGAUCCACUGUGGUUAGGGGAACAGCAUUCAGGUUCUGUACACUCAGACAAGACUCAGAGUAACCAUGACUCGGCUUGUGUCAUGGGAGAGACGGAGUAUGGUCAAGGUGGAGGAACAGCAGACCUGGUUGCAGAACUGCUCACUCUCCGACAGGAGAAUCAGCUGCUGAAACAAAAAGUGUUGAACUUGACUGACUCGGACACCAGCACCCCAGUGUUUCACACUGACAGUGAAAACCAAGAUGACCCAGUCAACCAAAGCCGUAAGACAGGAAGUGCUUCUCUGUCCUGCUUGGUGGAGCAGAGGUCAUCUAGUGUGCGGAAUGACAUCCCUGCUGAUGCACAACAGUCACCACCGCAGAAUGUGAAAACGAGUGAAGAUGAAGAUUCAGAAAGGGAAGACAGGAGGACUACAAGGACUGAAGAAGAGCUGGAUCUGGAGGCAGUGUGUCAGCUUCAGAUUGACCGCCUACAGCAACAGGUGAUGGAGCUGCAGAUGCAGCUACGGGCUCUCUCUAAGGAGACAGAGCAGCAGGCCAAUGAGCUUGCCAUAUGGAGACUGGCCUCCCAACCAGCCCCAACAUUUAAUCUUCCUAACACAGACAACCAGUCUGAGACCCAGAACCAGAUCUCUGCUGUUAGACAGUCUCUGUCAAACCAGCAGCAGACUGAUGAGAUGACCCGCAUCCUGCCAGGAACACAGAAACCGGCUCUGACUCUUACUGUCCAGGCCCAGAUUCAGACGCCUGACCUCGGUGUUGAGGAGAGCACUGGUAAUGUGACCAUCGUCAGAGAAGAUGAGUUACUCCUCUCCUCCUCCUCCAACAAACUGCAGGGCCGCAUGUUGUUCUCCAGACUGCAGCACAGAAAUCUUCCUGAACCUAAAAGUCUUAAUCCGUCUAAAAAGACUGCAGCGCUUCAAGAAGACCAUUGGGACACUUCUGAGAUUGACAUGGUGAUUUUUGACUCUGAAAAAGAAAACCAGGAGAUCAACCUCUUACGUGAGUCAAAUACCUGUCAAACACAACACAAAGAGAAGAGAGACACUGAAGUUAUCCAGAUGUCAUCUGAGAAGACAGGUCAACAACAGAUCACCAAAGAUUCCCAAAAAGUCUCAGGACAUAAGAACACCAAAAGAGGCGAGUGUCACAUGAUGAAUCCUGAGUCCAAACCAGAUGAUUCCAGGGCAACCAGUGAAAUAAACACAACCAGUGAUUCCUCAGAUAAUGAUGUCAGGACAGAAAUGAAAUGUGUCAGCUGUCAAACAGAGGAGAGUUUGUUUUCUCACAGUGCUCCGACAGCAUCUGAACUCCACUGUGCGUACACACAGACUGAGGAGCAGGAGGAGGAAGAAGAGGAAGAAGAGUUAGUGGAAUCCCCUCCUGUCUCUCCUGUCCAAUUAUCUGAUGGGGUACAGUUGGGAGACAAGAUGUUGUUUUCAGGUUCCUUCCCAAUCCCGGCUGACCCAGCCCGUCUAGCUGAAAGAAUCCGCCGUAACAGGACGCAGCUGUCAGCCGCGUUUGAUGACACAGAGUAUGAACCCUAUGGACUGCCAGAAGUCGUUAUGAAAGGUUUUGCAGACAUCCCCAGUGGUCCCUCGUGUCCCUACAUUGUAAGAAGAGGUUUGUUAGGGACAACUGUCGUACCUGUCACUCAGAAAGACUCAGGACAGGAGGAGGAGACGGAUUAAAACAAUUACAGAUGUGGUGGAAAGCUCAUCGUUGUGGUCUGACAGUGAACAUCAGUGAUGGACGACAGCUGCUACACAGGGACACUCCGAUCACCAGCAACCUGAAGCACUUCCAACCAACACAGGACCAGUUUUAAAAGUGCUGCAAUCACUCAUGGACUUCUGUAUGUGUGUGCAGGUAACUGGGCCUGCACUGGCAGAAGGAACACCUCCACUGUGGAUCCGAAAUGUCUUAAUGGUCACUAGUCUACCCCCUAAAUGCUGCGUGGAGACUUUGCUGUCACUGUACACCCACCUGUAUGUUUAGUUACAGAAGUAGUGAUUUAGUGAUGUUUGUUGAUGUUUAUUGAAGUUAACAACCACUUUUCCAAAGGGACUGUUUAGUUUUUAGUCACUCUAAAUUAACUUAUGGGUCUAUCCUACUUUAAAUGAAACAGUGCCUAGUUGAUGCUUUUGUAAACAAGUGCUUGUCAAGAUAAGUUUGACUUGUUUUCCAAAAGGGUGAAGCCAAGAGAGGCCUGUUGUGAAAAUGUGACCUACAUGUUUUCUUCUUUUUGAUUCUUGACGUGGCUUAUUUAUAGACACUUGAAUGUGUUUCAGUAGAGGGCAGGUGUUUACAAAGACUGUGUGAAAGUUAGUGAGCGUGUGAGAUAUUGGCUGUGAAUAUGAACAUGCGUGUCCUCAUCUUGAUGUGAUUUGUGUGUGUGUGUGUGUUUGUGGGAGAGAGAGAGGGGCGAGUUUGUCUGUGACUCAGUCUAACCUGCGUUGGUUUCCGCUCCAUGUAUGGUGAUACACACUGCGCUCCCUCUCUCCUCCUUCUGCUGCUUUGCUUCUCUGUCUUACACUAACGAGCACUCCGUGGUCAUCUCUGCAAUGAAUUUACCAAAAGCAAACAUUUAAAGUUUUAUUUUAUUAGUGGAGCAUACAGAUAAAUUCAAUUGGAUAUUAGAUGAGAUAUAAUUUAAUUUAUCUGUUUUUGCUAGAUUUUGGUUCUUGCAUUUGUUACUGUGCUGUAGCCGACAUAUAUGUACACUGUAGAUUUUGUAGAUACAUUUGGAGUGGAUGUAGUUUGUAUUAUGCCCUGAACCACAGGAUCUCACCACUUUGCUUGCUUAUAAGGUUUGACCAAAUAAUUAAUGGCUAGGUUCCAAAUUAUUAAAAUCUGUCUUAAAACAGCACUCACAUGUACAUUGAAAGAGUUACUGGUUGUUGUAAAUUGAUUCUUUUCUAAAACAAUUUCAAUGUAAGUGAGGGGGACAAAAUCCACAGUCCUCGUUCUGUGUGAAAAUAUAGUCUGCUCUAAGUUUAGUAGAAGCUAAUAUGAAACUAUUUGGUGUAGAAGCUUGGUGACGUAGUGACUAUACUCGCAGGGCUAGUUAAAUGAGGUUGGUGCAGUCAGUCACAAUAGCUCCUGGACAUUUUCUAAUGGGACAAGAAGUUCACACAGUUUAUUCCAAAGACAUAUUUGUACCAUCGACUCUUGUCUCAUAACCAUUGUGAACAAUUGCUCCUUUAUGGAGCAGUUCAUACUCCGGCAGAGGAGGUAAAACUUUUCUUUUUAUACUAAAAAGGCUGUAACUUUGGAAGAUACCUACCCAUUAAGUCUUUCAGUGUUACACAUUGGCAUGUGAGUAUUGUUUUAGGAACAAACCUAUGCUUUAAAUCCUUGCUGAGCUCUCUUUCAGUGACUUUGAGAUAUUUCAGUUGAAGUUUUUAAUUGUGUUAAAAGUGUGGAGUGAUUAUUAUUUUUUUUUUAUGUUUACAUUUUAUUUAGAGAUAGAGUUGUUCUCUCCCGGUCUUGGUUUGUUGACUCAGUCAGAACAGUGAGGACUGUUCCUGUCCUGACUCGAUGCCAUCGCCAUUCAUUUGCCAUGUUGACACCCUCACAUACACACACUUGAAGACACGCACACACACUUCCCCUCCCUUUCAGCUGCCUUCAUAUCUCUGGGAUCUGUAGUCUUCUGGCAGUGAGGUGGGAAUGUACGACUGUGAGCGCGAGAAGCUCACUUUGUAUUCGUUGCCUUGUUUUGGACACUUUGAUGUGAAUGUAUCUGUGUUGUGUUUGCGGCUAGAAUAAAAGGCUUGCUCUUAAUUUAA